UUUUACUGAAUACUGUAUUUAUCUUACAUAUGUUUGAAAGUAGUCUAAAGACUUGCUUGAUUUAUUCAUCGUUGUGAGAGUUACAUAUAUAAUCGAGUUUGUUAGAGGAGAGUAUGAUCUUCCUAUAUUACAGAAGAUUUACAAACUAAACAGAAUAUCUGAGAAUAUUCUUUCAAUGUUUUUGUCUGUCAAGUGUCAGACAUUCUUAUUCAAUUUGUACUUUUUUUAUUUCUACAUCUUUGGAAGCAUUAAUAUCAUUGAAGCAUCAUCAUUCUUACUUAAUUAAGUGAAUUACUCGGACAUACAUAAAUAAUAAUUAAUACUCCAUAGGUAUCCUAGAUUUUACUGAAUUCUCAGCCAUUGCAUUGUCUUCUUACUCACAUACAAGAAAACAUACACAAAGUAAUACUUGGUUAUAUUAAUCUUGUAGAUUUUAGAUUAACUUGUUAAUAGAUUAACUUGUUAAUUGUGUUAGUCAUUAUAUAAUACGUUGAAAAUCUGAGACUAGACCAUCUUUUCUCCCAUAAAUUAUCUGGUUAAUAAAAUUGUUUUUGGUUUAUCGACACCAACGUUUAUGGAGGUAAACAUAUUUUCCUAGAAUUAAGUGUCGGACAAGACUUGCACCCAAAAGAAGUGUCAGACAAGACAACUACUAGAAUACUUUUUUUUGUCAACAGACAACUAUAAUACUAAAAGUCUAAAACUAAUGUAUAUAUUUCUUAGUAAAGAAGAAAAAGAUGGCGCGAGACCUAACUGGAGCAUUGAUGAACCAUUGUUCUUUUCGUCUAGUCCAACAAAAUAUCCGCACAGUAAACCAAAAACACAUAAAAUUAUAAAAGAAUUGAAUUCUAUGAUAUAGUAUUGUCAGAAAACUGUGUUUCUUUGCUUACAUGUCGUCUUUCUUAUAUGACAUGUGCCUUUUUCUUUUAGCAACAUAUGUCGGUACCUUUUCAGAUGCAUUUUGAGAUAAUGCCAUAAAAUUGUGAUGCAACCCUGACACACUUCUAGUUAGGACUAGGAGAAUCCAAAAUAAAAAAUUCCAGCCAGAACUGUAACAACUGUUAACAGCAGCCUGAUUAACAGUUACACUAUUUUAACUUGAAACUCACUAAACGAUAACUGCACAAAUCUUUUGUAAGAUCUGAAAACUAUACUCUGUUUUAGUUUCAGUACCUAAAAUCACAUGAUUAAUCAGUAUCUAAUUGGAAAUUACAAGGUAACAGGGAUUUUAGAUUUUUAGUUCCAUUGAUUUCUUAACAGUGUUAUCACACAUGUAACGGAACUUGAUUCCAAUACGAAUUAUUUAGUAAAUGGUUUCAAGUUGCUCUGCUUGUCUGACCAUACUUCACUCCCACAAGACAACAAAAAAAGGUCACAAAACUCCAUUAAGCCGGCCGACAGAAAAUAUAAUUUCCAUCCAAGAACCGACAUAUAUUAUAUAAAUAAUAAUUAAAUUGUUAAAAAAAGAUUUUAGUUGGUCAAGUCCAAAAAAUCGUAUAUAAAUCUUUGUACACAAAGCACGUUCCAAAUACACAUACUCAGUCCUUAGUGACCACUCCACAGUAGACAAAAACAUGCCAGUCACCAGCAGCUCCCAAAGCUUCAGCAGCUUCGUUAACGGUUGGCUGAUUCGUCACAGGUAUUUCGUCGAACAGCUUACAUGCGCCUCUUCCUUCGACGAAACCAACGAAGAGCAGCAACAAUCUCUCGUGACCCAGUUUCUAUCUCACUGUCUCCAAUACUACCAAGAGAAAUCCUCCGCCGUCUCCCUCGCCGGAGACAACGUUUUCACCUUCUUCUGCCCGCCGUGGUUCACCUCCUACGCCAGGCUCAUCCUCUGGGUCGGCGAUUUCAAGCCUUCUCUCGUCUUCAAACUCACGGACUCCACGGUCGACGACCUCACGCGCCACCAGAGGGACCGGAUCUCGAGCCUCCGGUCGGAGACGAGGAGGAGAGAGAGGGACGUGAUGAGGGAUUUCGCGCUGGUGCAGCAGAGCGUGGCGGAUCCGCCGGUGAUGCUCGCGGCGAGGCGAGUGGGGGCGAGGGGGUUGGUGGACGGGGAGGAGUCGGAUUUGGAGGAGGCGAUGGAGGUGCUUAAGAGAGGGAUGGCGAGGGCGAUGAACAGCGCGGAUGAGCUGAGGUGUUCGACGGUGGGGAAAGUGGUGGAGAUUCUUACUCCGUCGCAGGCGGUUAAGGUGUUGAGGACCAUCGGUGAGCUUCAUCUUCGGUUGAGAGAGUUAGUGGGUUUGGAGAGACACCACCAAUGAGUUUGCUCUGCUUCUUCCCUAAUUUUUCAUUUGGAUCUGUUUCGGAUUUAAAAAAAAACAUUCACUGUUUUUGAUCUUACAAGUUUUUGAAGUGAUGUUAUGUUUGGCUUUGUUUUGUUUUUUUCUUCCGAGAUUCCCGAAUUUUCAUCAGUUAUCAGUUAUUUGAAAUUACACAAUCGACAAAAAGCCAAUAAUAGUUUGCUUCCAAAAU